GACAAACGAUGAUGCCCAGCACUCAAGUCCAAGUCAUGGAUAUAUUAAGAAAUCUGCGAUAGCCGCCCAGGAUCGUGACCCUAAGGUUUGUUCUUUUAUCUCGUCUUCCAGUUCUCCCUUGCCGUGCGCAAAAAGGCUUGCUGCACUUCUCUACCUUUGCACAUUGAGCGCUUUUGGGAGUACCCGAUCAUGUCUGCUGGUCAUUCUGAGCCGCAGGUGCUCUAUAGCGUCAACAACAUCUCUGCAUUCUCCGUUCAGAAUGGAGAGGAACAUUUGAUCACAACAUCAGGCCCACAGACUUUGUCGCUGUUGAUGGUGCCGACUGCAUCACCAUUUGCCGACUUGUCAUCCACGGAACCGACCAGCGCGGCGCCCGAAGAAGACUUCUACCUCCACCUCCAUCUGCCUCCCGAACUAGAUCUCCCUCUGCCUGCAACCACGCAGAUCUAUCACAAGCCUCCCAGCAGUUACCUGAUACCGCGCUGGGAUCUGGGACCUGAUGCAGGCGCCUUCAUCCGGCUGCAGUUCCCUUCCGUAGGCAGUGGGCCUGGAAAGGUGACCCAAGACGAGAUCGAUACGUUUGAGACCAUUCUAGCCCAAUGUACGGCGUUCCUAGAACGAGUACAGAGCACGCCUCCGGGAUUUGAGCGUUACGAUCCAAGCAAUUAUCGACUGGGAGAGGGUUAUGUUGGCACGCCGAAACCAGAAAAAGAUCGUUCUCAGCAACAUGGCCAAAUUGUGCUUAUUGACGAAGAGAAUGGAAGCGUAAUCGGCGAGCUGCAAGAUAACUACACAUUGGUGGAGGAGACAUCGGUCAAGCCUGGAUCCAAAACUCCUGUCCAGAUACAACUGCCCGUCGAAGGGCAAGGCAACCAGAUCCGAGUUGACAACAUUUCCGAAGAUUAUCUCGCCAUAUCGAAACAUCCUGCCUAUGCGAAUUCGCGAGUCGUGCAAGGCUCUGCGACUGCCUCCAGGCUCAUUGUGACGAGUUCCACUUACUUGGCUAAUAAGCUGUCAUCAGGGGCAGAUACCUUCCAAAAGAGCACCCAACCCAACCCUAAGCCCAUGACAUUUUCGCCCGCCACGCACGCGCGCAUUCGCCAAAUCCACUCCUUUACUCAGGGUGCCGUGGGCCUCAGUGCGAAGACGGUCGGUCAACUGGGUAGAUAUGCCCAGAAUUUUGGGGCUUCGCUCGCUCGAAAGGGGGAGAAGAACAAAAAAGAUAUAGGAAAGGACUACAAACCUGGCAUUCUCAACAAAUCCAUGAUUGCUUUCUCUACCAUCGCUGAUGGCAUCGAUCAGGCUGGUCGCAACCUCUUAGCCUCUAGCUCUGCAGCGGCGACCAACGUGGUCAGCCACAGGUACGGUAAGGAGGCCGGCACGGUAGCGCAAGGACUGGCAGGGGGUGUCAAGAAUGUGGGACUUGUCUACAUCGAUGCGAUGGGAGUGUCCCGGCGGGCAGUAAUCAAGUCGGUGGCGAAGGGCAUGGUGGUCGGCCGAAUGCCAAAUGGGCAGCAACUCGUGGUCGGCUCUGGUGAUGGAGGAGUUGUGCCAGAUGAAGCAUAUAUGCCCGACGAAAAGCGGAACGAUUAUUAUCUCUCCUCAUACUCAGGGGCAUCGCAAAGCGGCGCGAGCCAGCCGGGGUAUGGAGUCGAAAGUUAUGGCAAUGCAGCCACUGCACCACCUUCAUAUCCUUCGGGGGUCGGUGAACCUUUGGGUUCGACACUGCAGGGACAGCAUGUGCGGGAGAAACGAUGACAGCGUGAAGAUACUUGUAUUUGAUGUUUCAUGAGACGAUUGAUGGUAGUGCUUGGGAGUAACCCUUGACGUUCUCGAACACGAGUCGAUGAAUGUUUCAAGCUGGAUGAAACAGGUCCGUGCUCAACUUGCAGGCAAAUGAGAUCAUGGCAAGUAUCUGCGCGGGCCGCGUUCUGCGAUGUACCCACGGUUCGCUUUUUCUCCUUUUUGGGCUGGUUUAAACAUGGAUCGCAGAUUGCAUGCACGACAUCUGCCGGGCAAAAGUGGCUGAAACGGAGACACGGCGUCCUUCGACUCGAGUCGACUACUUGACCGCCAUUUCGUCACUUUGGGUUGCCGCUGGUGCCGGUAAACUUCAGCCACGCUUCAGGUAUUAUCUGGGAGUUGAACACAGUUGUCGGCAAUGAUGAUUCUUUGAAGCCUCCA